CGUGGGGAAGUCCGCGGGCCGGGCUGGGGUUUGGAGCCGCCUGGGCGCGCGGGCAGAGAGGCGGCCGCACCCGAGACGCCCCGGGCGCCGGGGGACAGCGCUGGGAGCAGGUAGCCAGGAUGUUUCUGGAGCCCCAGGAAACUAUGCCCCAGACGUCCGUGGUCUUCUCCAGCAUCCUCGGGCCCAGCUGUAGUGGACAGGGACAGCCCGGCAUGGGGGAGCGAGGCGGUGGGGCCGGUGGCUCUGGGGACCUCAUCUUCCAAGAUGGACGUCUCAUCUCAGGGUCCCUGGAGGCCCUGAUGGAGCACCUGGUCCCCACAGUGGACUAUUACCCUGACAGGACGUACAUCUUCACGUUUCUCCUGAGCUCCCGGGUCUUCAUCCCCCCUCAUGACUUGCUGGCCCGUGUGGGGCAGCUCUGCAUGGAGCAGAGGCAACAGCUGGAGGCUGGGUCUGAGAAGGCCAAGCUGAAGUCCUUCUCAGCCAAGAUCGUGCAGCUGCUUAAGGAGUGGACGGAGGCCUUCCCCUUUGACUUCCAGGACGAGAAGGCCAUGGCUGAGUUGAAGGCCAUCACCCAUCGGGUCACCCAGUGUGAUGAGGAGAACAGCACUGUGAAGAAGGCUAUCUCCCAGAUGACGCAGAGCCUGCUGCUGUCCCUGGCUGCCCGGAGCCAGCUUCAGGAGCUGCGGGAGAAGCUCCGCUCACCAGCUAUGGACAAAGGGCCAGUCCUCAAGGCCAAGCCUCCAGCUGCUCAGAAGGACAUCCUGGGCGUGUGCUGCGACCCCCUGGUGCUGGCCCAGCAGCUGACACAUAUCGAGCUGGAGAGAGUCAGCAGCAUCCACCCCGAGGACCUGAUGCAGAUCGUCAGCCACAUGGACUCCCGGGACAAACACAGGUGCCGAGGGGACAUGACCAAGACCUAUAGCCUGGAGGCCUAUGACAACUGGUUCAACUGCCUCAGCAUGCUGGUGGCCACCGAGGUGUGCCGGGUAGUGAAGAAGAAGCACCGGACCCGCAUGCUGGAGUUCUUCAUUGACGUGGCUCGAGAGUGCUUCAAUAUCGGCAACUUCAACUCCAUGAUGGCCAUCAUCUCUGGCAUGAACCUCAGUCCUGUGGCGAGGCUGAAGAAGACGUGGUCCAAGGUCAAGACGGCAAAGUUCGACGUCUUAGAGCACCACAUGGACCCAUCCAGCAAUUUCUGCAAUUACCGGACAGCCCUGCAGGGGGCCACGCAGAGGUCACAGACGGCCAACAGCAGCCGGGAGAAGAUCGUCAUCCCCGUGUUCAACCUUUUCGUCAAGGACAUCUACUUCCUGCACAAAAUCCACACCAACCACCUGCCCAACGGACACAUUAACUUCAAGAAAUUUUGGGAGAUCUCCAGGCAGAUACAUGAGUUCAUGACAUGGACACAGGUGGAGUGUCCCUUUGAGAAGGACAAGAAGAUUCAGAGUUACCUGCUGACGGCUCCCAUCUACAGCGAAGAAGCUCUCUUCAUCGCCUCCUUUGAAAGUGAAGGUCCAGAAAACCACAUGGAAAAGGACAGCUGGAAGACCCUCAGGACCACUCUCCUUAACAGAGCCUGAAGGCAUGGAUGCGGCCUGCAGACGCUGGAUGAAGCACACUUAUGUACUGAGUUCUAAUCUUGAUUGAUAUGGGUUGAGAUGAGGAGGCCUCACUGGUUGGGGUCCAUUUUGUACAUAACUUUUGUGAAGAAAAAAAUAAUUAUUUCAUGCAUCAACCUUUGGCACUUAACAAAGUUCUUUUGUUUACUUUAAAUAACAGGGCAGGGCCCUGCUUUGGGGAGGGGUGGGGAAAGAGUAUCAUGGGAGAUGGUGUCCAUGAUAACAUCUUAUUCUAAUGAAAUGUAGAUUUUUAUUUUCUACUUUUGAUUAUUAACAUCUUACAAAAAAGAAAAAUUUAAAAAAACCCAACCAAAACCAACGUGAGCCCUGCCUCCUUUCCAGCCAGUGUCUCUGAUGUCGGGGUUAGUGCCUUAGAGGGUACUGGAGGCCGGUCUCGCCCGCAGCCGGGCCGCUGGAGGUGCUGGGAAAGUGCUGCCCUCAGCGCCCAGGCCUGCGAGGGUCCAGCAAGAAGGGCUCGGGUGGCCGGGGUGGUGGGGGUGGGUGGAUCUCAUUUGCUUAUUUCUAGAAGUGCACCUUGAACAUGGGCUUUCCAAAGUUUACAUUUUCAUUUUCCUUUAUCAGGGAUUUAUGGGGGUCAGUAGGGAGGGAAGGGGGAUACCUGGCAGCGUAUUUUCUGUUGGAAUAUGUCUGGCAAAACUCAACUACAUUUUAGGAAAAGAGAAAAUCUCAAAUAACGUAAGGAGGGGGGAUCAUGGAAUUGUCAGUUUUCCAGGCUAUCACUUUGAGACACUUAGCCAUAAUGAAGUGAAAAAAAAGUAAAAUUGAAGGAUGGGGACACUGAAAGCCACCUUCAAGUCCAAGUACAAAGUAAAAAGAAGCAACUUACAAAUCAGUACCUUCCUUCCUUCUGGGCGGGGAGCUCCCCUAGUGGAACUGAAACCCAAAGUUAGCCAGGCCCGUAUCUGCUGGAGCCCAUGCACAUACAACCGCCCAACAUUUGGAGUUGUUUUCCACACCAAGACUUGAGGUGUGCACUCCAUUUUCUGUCUGACUUCCUGGCCGUGGGACCACGACAACCCUGCUCCCUCCAAGAUCAGAAGUGGGCAGUCCACACUGUAUCCCUCCCUCUUGGCAGGCUUUCAUUCCACGCAAGCAGACCUGGAACUACUCACCCUCUCUCUCCCCCCAUGGCUGGGGUUCGCCAGAGUCUCCAGCGGGGAGGCCUGGGUGAGGAUGGAUCUGUUAGCUGCCAAUUCCCAGAACUCCUGGGACAGCCUGGAGAUGUGAGGACGCCACCUCAGGGGGAGGUGGCUUUGUGAUCUGCUGCUGAUGUCGCCCUCAGCCCUGGGUGGAGCAAGGAUAUUCACACUGUAUUGUCACAGUGUUUUUGCACUUUUCAGAUGUUCUAGAUAGUACAUACUGUAUACUGAUAAUACAUAUUGCUUUAUGUAUUUGAGAUAAAGGUUUAAAACUUGAGAAUCUAUAUUUGGAAUACAAUGUUAGAACGUUUUUUGUCCACGUGUUGAGCUUUCACAUCAAUGUGCACUUCCCUGGGUUAUCAGUUCUCGUACUGACCUGCCACAGUGUCUACAUUUGCUAUUUUGUUUUUCCAAUUUGAUACAUACCCUAACUCUGAUGUUUUGGUAUUUCGAGAUGAACUGAGUAUAAAGCUGUACCAUAAUGCAGGAUGUCAGCUACUGGUGUGACUGGACGUACUUGCAUCAAUAAAAGAACAUGUUGCUCCCAU